UGCAAGCCAGUAUCGCUGGUAAUCACGUCAACGUAGUAACUACAAGCAAAUAAAAUAAAAUACAGAAUCGGUAUUUUGAACACAUCAAUUCAUUAUCUUCUGGAGUGUCAACGACAUACUGAAAGAAAUAUUUAAAUAAAAGUUACAAAAUUCCUUCAAAUUCAGUAUUCGGAAUAUAUUUACAUGAUCUCGGUAACGUGCACGUGCAGUCUACUUAGAUUUUUUCGUGAUCAUUUGCCACCUUUUUACGUUUAUACGGUUAGAUGUUUAGUGCAACAGUACAGGGGCAAUCGCUCUUGAGAAUGGAAUCGACUUAUUCGGUUAGAGUUCCAGUUGGGGGAGUUGAGGUAUUAUCUUCGGUUCUCGGUGGGUUACGAUUGCUCAGUGGAGAACAGCCCAAUAUUUAGUUUUUGCCAUAUAACAAAAACGUAGUGUCGUCCACUUGCUUGCGAAUCGCAAAAAACGUGACGCCCCGGGAGAAGAGCACCUCCCCGCCGAAUGACGACACAAAACCCUCGUACUUCACAGCGCUCGGGACGCCAUUUUGGGAGUCAGGCAAUGUGUUGAGAGUCUGGAGCAGGGCUGGAGGUCCGCCCGUUUCGCGAUCAAUAACAAGAUGGUCCACACGUGUGUGGUGGUAGGCUGCCGGAACAGGAGGACUCCCGGCACCACGCUAUCUUUCUACCGAUUCCCCCGUGAUCCGGAGAGAAAGCAGCGCUGGAUCGCUGCGGUGAACCGCGAAGGGUGGCAGCCGAACGAGGGCAGCAGACUGUGCAGUACUCACUUCAUCUCAGGUAAGCAGGUGAAGAACCCUCGGUCCCCAGAUUAUGUUCCAUCUGUGUUCAGGACAUCUUCGGUGACUGGAACGCCAGACCAGACAGGGGCCUUUGAUUUCUCUGACAAGCAGCAGGCUCAGGUGGAGGCGGCCAACGCCCUGCUCUUUCUGCAAGGGCAGACCCUGGAGAUGGGUUCCCAGCCGGGGCAAUACCUAGAGCAUGACGGUGCGGAGAGCGUUGCAUCUGCAAGCAGCGGCAGUACCAUUAAUGUCCCCAUGCGGUCGAGAGACAUUGUGACCCCAGCUGAGAGCCCGCCCAGUAGUGAUGGGGACGAAAUGUCUUCCGUCAACGACGAUAUAGACUAUGAAGAGGAGGUGGAGCGUCUCCGUCGGGAGAACCGGGCACUACGAGAGCUGGCGGAACGGGCAUCUCUCACAGAGGCCUCGCUCAGGAACGACCCAGCAAAGGUGCGCUUCUACACGGGGCUGCCCAGCUACUUUGUGCUUGAGACAGUCCUGUGGCUGCUGUCGCCGCGGAUGCGGGCCGACAAGACCGUCAAACUGUCCCGGUUCCAGCAGCUGCUUAUCACUCUAAUGCGCCUGCGACUGGACCUUAGGAACCAGGACUUGGCCUACAGGUUUGGCGUACAGGUCGGCAUUGUGGCUCAGACGGUCCGCAGCGUCGUGGAUGCCAUGUCUUCAACACUGGUGCCUACUGCUGUGUUCUGGCCGUCCCGGGAGGAGUUGCGGCGAAACCUUCCGACAGCGAUCCAAUCCGCCUGUCCAGACUGUGUCGCCAUUGUGGACUGCUUCACGGUGGCCUUGGAAGGUUCCAGUGAAACUGGUGUGAUUGGUGGGGCCUUGAAGUACCUUAUUGGCGUGGCCCCACAGGGUGUGGUGACCUUUGUGUCCGGAGGCUCUCCAGGUCACGUCAGCGACAGGGAGCUGGUGGAGAACUGCGGCUUCCUAGCCAAGUUGCUCCCAGGGGAUGUUGUGCUGGCUGGCCAUGAACUGGACGCCGACGAGGCAGUAGCUGCCCGGGGGGCCCAGAUCAGGAUUACAAACUCCAGGGGGGAUGUGGGGGGAGAGGGGGAGGAGAGAGCGGUGCUGAGGAGACACGUGGAGCGGGUGAUCGCCAUGGUCAAGCGGAGGUAUGCCAUGCUUAAUGGCCUAGUGGAAAACACCUUUGAUAUGAACACCUUCGACAGGAUUGUCCGUGUGGCGUGCGCCUUGAACAACCUGUGCAUAUCAGCCACGCCACUAGAAUGACUUUUUCACUAUUGUUUUUAAGCCAAAUCCCCUUUGACUUAAUUGAUCCUAGAUCCUUAACCACUGCAGUGAACCGUGGUGUUUUUUGAAAGCUGUACACACACACCUGCAGCCUUCGUAUGAACGUCAGCUUUGCAUGUCAAAGUGACAUCUCCCUUUGAUCUUCCAGGGAUCUUUAAAAAGCUUUGCUGUAGUAGUGAAACUGGAGCUAUAGAGGUUUCUGUGGUCCAGUUACAAGGGUAGCAGAUAUAAGCCUUGGUUAGUGGGACGAUUUCCUUUGUGAAAUACUUAAAAAUGUUGAAACAGAAAAACAGAGUGGUCAUUCUUUCAGUGACAUUUGGGGAGGACACUGAUAUGAGCCGGGGUGGGGGGGGGCGGUGACCUCCAGAUGUGUUACUGGUAUAAUUUGCCAAGCAAGGCAUACCUAGUCCCUCUGUUGAUCUUAGUACUGUUUCUCUGGAGCUUGUGCCUUACAGUGAGUCAUUUCGAGAUCCAGUUGCCAGUCAAUGACAGUCGACAGUUGCAUAUUUUAGAAUAGUGUAUUUCAGCGCUGCUCCUGGAGAAACUCUCUGCUUUUAUGUUCUCAGACACAAAUGAGUUAUCAUUGUAACUCUGAACAUAAAUGAACGUUUAUAUAUAUUAAUUCAUUAAUUCACCUGCUUCAGCUAUUACAGCAAACACAACAGAAGACAAAUACAUUUUUGAAAAAUAAUUUAAAUAUUUACUCAGCGGAUUUGGUUUAAAAAAAUGAUCUUAAAUGGAAUAUUUGUAUUUUUGUUUAAAGUGUAAAAGUAAAUCAAGCUAGUUUUGGAUAUGUUACUUAAAAUUUUGAACUUCAUUACUAUUGGAUAGAUCUAGAUGUUCCUUCUUUUUCAACUUCACAAUCAAGCCUCAUUAACUACCAGUUUCAUUGGGUAAGAUAGCUCAUGGUUUCCCAGGAUCAGAGCUGAGAUGCAUUGCUGUAGGUCAGUACAGGUACACGUGCUGUUGAUCAUGGUGUGGGCAAUGAUGGAUAGGUGGGUUACCAGUUAGAGGUGCUUAUUUAUCUCCUCUGAAAUCCUGCCACACUGACUGUGCUUAUAUAUCUAUUUUUUCUUUUUAUUCACUGUCAAGUUUCAGCAUCAUGCCAUGCUAAUAUGAAACAAUGUAAAACAUUUUCAUUGUGUGCACACUGGAUGUAUCCCCAUUACACUCAAUGUGAACGAUUAUUGUUAUAAAGUCAUGUUUCUUCGUCAUGAA